UAGAUGCGUGCGACGGUGAGCGAUGAGAGGCGGGCAUUGAUUGGUGCGGUGCCCGCCAAUGGGCGGAGGGUCAUGGCGGCCGCCGUCGGGAGGCGGUUUGUGUUCCCCGACAUGAAGCCGCUUCUCCUUCUGCUCAUCGCCGCCGGCACUGAGGCCUUGGAGCCGCGGGAGUGUGAAGUAUGCAUUGGAUUUCUGGAGAGGUUUUACAGCUAUUUGAAAGCACAGGAUGUGGACUUUACACCUGCAAUGGUAGUGAAUGAACUGAUGCUAAUGUGUGAACACACUAAAGGAAAGGAACAUCGCUUAUGUUACUAUAUUGGAGCAACGAGUGAUGCUGCAACUAAAAUUGUGAAUGAAGUAGCACGACCAAUGAGUGCACAUGUACCAGUACAGAAAAUCUGUGAAAAGCUGAAAGCGAAAGACAUGCAGAUAUGUGAGCUAAAAUAUGAAAAGAAAUUGUAUUUGAAGAAAGCUGAAUUACACAAACUGCGAGUGGCCCAGCUAAAGAAGAUCCUUGAAGACUGGGGAGAGAAAUGCAUCGCGUGUGCAGAAAAAAUUGAUCUCAUUGAUUUAAUCUUGGAAUUAGCCCACAAAUAUGGAUCUGGUGAACUGGAUGUAAACUUUGAUCUAUAAGAAUCACCAACGCUUUCUAGAAAAAAAACUGGAUUGCAACCAUAAUUUAUUGAUUAUAUUUGUCGUAUAUGCCAUGCAUAUAGGAUACCAUAAAGUGAAAUUUGCCACUUCAAA